AUGACAGACGAGAAAGAAAGCAACGAUUUUUUGUUGGUGCCCGCUCUGGUCGGAAUAGUUGUACUGCUGCUUUUGAAAGUGUUUUAUGAUUUGUAUCGAAAAUUAACGAAAAGUCACCAUGAAGUGUACUUUGUGAUGAUGGGUGAACCGGAAUGCUGCAAUCCAAAUGACAGAAACAUGAAUCCGGGAAACAAUUGCCGCAAAUAUUGCAUGGGAAAAUUGUUGCUGAAAAUUAUGAAUCGUAUCAAUGGAGCAAAAUCAUCCAUUUGUGUGGCUAUGUACAACUUUUCGAACCAUCGACUUGCGGACUGCCUUUUGCGUGCACAUCGACGUGGUGUCAAAAUACGACUGGUUACGGAUAAGUCAACGUGCGAGAGCGGCGAAAAUAAAACACAAGCAAAACGAUUGAAAGAUGCAGGAAUUUCCGUGCGUAUAUCUGGCGAAGACGACAAAUUAAUGCACCACAAAUUCUGUCUCAUCGAUGGAACAUCACCGAAAGGCGUUCUCAUAACUGGAUCUCUAAACUGGACUUAUGGUGGUUUAUCAAAAAAUUGCGAAAAUGUGGCAUUCAUCAGCAAUGGCCGUGUUCAGCAAUUCUACCGCGAAGCCUUCGAUCAUAUUUGGAACAAAUUCUCCACACCGUAUUAUCCGCGCACAUCGAAUGUUUAACAAUGACACACUGUCAUUGUCAACAAAUUGAAGCAAAAUGAAACAAAUUCCAUGAAUCCAAAGACUUUCCAAACGAAUCGAAUUUGGUUUGCGGUUGCCAAUUGACAGAAUUUUUGAACGAAUUUAUUUUCUACUUUUUUUUCUUUUUUUUGAAUGGUAGAAUAUUUAGAUUUAAGUCGAUGAAAAAUACAUAAAAUGAAAUAUUUGUAAGAAAAAAACCCAAAAUGGAAAAAUGUAGACAAAUCAACAAUCAAGUUGAUGUUACGAUUUGUGGCGAGAAAAAAAUGUAUGACUCAUAACGGAGCACAGCUAUCACGACUGGAUAAAGAGAUUGCAAAAACAAAAAGCAAUUAAUCACAUGUGACGUACUGAAAUAUUGUACAAAUUAAAAUGUCUUUUGUUCAAUUUAAGUGUCAGAUACAUGAGUGUGGCAAAAAUGAGCGAAAAAUUCAAUAUUUUGACAAAAUUGGCAUUUGGGUUAUAAUUUUGUUUUCAUACAAGCCAUUUUUGGAUAUAAACCUUAAUAAAAAAAAAGUAAUUAAAUAUUAUAAAGACACCCUCACAUCUUUUGGAA